UUACAAUAUCGAACCACGUGAUUUUCUAAAAAUUUUCGCGUUUUUUUAAACUGAGUUCGCGUACACCAUUUCGUUUUCCUCUUUCAAUAAUAUAUAAUUUCCUACCGAGAAAUUGUAAUUUUAACGUGAUGGAAAGAGAACAUCCAAAAAUACAAGUAGAUGAUAUAAAGGACAUAUUAUAUAUUCAAAAUGGAAUAAAAUGUUCAAUAUCUUCUUACAUACAAAAAUAUUUUGAUGUAGAUACAGAUGAUGAAUUAAAAUCACAAGUUACUUCUAUCGUUACAAAAUGGGUUGAUGAUACGUUUAAAUUAUGCUCUCCAAAUUUUGAAGUGAAUGGAAUGGCUUAUGAUAAAGCAUUAGAAGAAAAAGAUGUUGAGCCAUUCGAUGAAAAUCUUUUAUCGAAUUUAAUAUCAUUAGAAUCAAAUAUUGACGAUAUGACAUUAACAUUAACAGAAAAACGACGUAAUUUACCUGAAAUUAUUAAGAAGAAGUUUGAAGAUAUUUUAAUAUUACAAUCUUUUAUGAAAAAUCAUGCCGAAAUUGUUGAUGAUGUGGAAGUUUGUGAUAUGCAAAUUGAUUCCGAAGAUGCUGAUGAUGAACGAUUUCCCGAACGCGUUAUUCAAACUUAUGAUCGAAGUCUCGCUUUAUUAACAGAAUUGAAAAAGUCUACAUCUGCCAACUUGUCAAGGCUUGAAAGAGCUCAAAUUGUUGUUACAGAUAUUAAUAAAUUUAAUCAAAAUAAUUCAACUUCGUGAAUUUUAUUAGAUCACAAGAACUGCUUUGGAGUUUAGCAUUUAAUCAUACUCAAAAAAUUAAUAUAAACUUAUUUUGUUUCAUAUAAUGAAUGACUUUAUUAAUAAGAUAUUCGAUACAAGAGAAAUUUCCGAUUAUAAGAUAAACUUUAUAUAAAGAUUUUAAA